CACAGCCUUGCCAGAGCUGCAGCUUUUACAUGUCUCCCCCUUCCUCUGUAGAUAUGUCCUUGUGUGCCCAUAAUUAGCUCCUUUUCUCUUCAUCUACACCACUCAGAGGGCUGAAGUUAUUCAGUUAGGCGAAGGGCUGAGCAAGCAUGGAAGUUGAAGGCGUUGCCCCUAAUAUGAUGGCUGGUGAAGGUGUCCCAAGCAUAAUCCCGAAUAAAAGGGGCGAUGAUUUUCCCCGGAUAACCCCGGCUAUAAACCCCAAUAAGAGCGGUGAUGUUUUUCCCCUGAUAACCCCAGCUAUAAUCCCAACUGUAGUGCCAACUACAAUAGUUCGUGAAGUUCUUACUGAAGGCAACUAUGAAUACUGGAAAACUUGUGUAAAACGGUACUUGGUGGGUCAAGGUCUCUGGGAAGUUUGCAGGAUGAGCUGCAAGGGUCCUAAUAAAGCACAAGAUCCAGUGGCAUAUUCAGAGUGGAAAAAGAAGAAUUCCGUGGCUUUACAUGCCAUUCAAAUUUCUUGCAGUCGAGAGAUGCUUUCUCAGAUCAGGGGAAUCAAGCUUGCGAAGCACGCGUGGGACUUUUUGAAGCGAAACGCCAACCCAACCCUCUAUUUCGACGAAGAAGUCGAUCGCUUAGAUGAACAGCCACCUCCUGCCGCAGCCUCAACUGGGAAAGCUGACUUCUCUCAGUAUGAGAAGUUUGAGCAGGCAUUGGACCGUAGUAGCUGGAACGAUAUCGAAUCCUUCCUUAAUUCAAAUCCGGAUGCAGUGAGAGCAAGGAUUUCGUCAACAGGCCUGACCCCGCUUCAUGUCGCAGCUCUUGCUGGACAUGUAAAGGUUGUGGAGAAGUUGGUGGACGAACUGAAUCCAGAAGACUUAGAACAAAAAGAGGGUCUGCUAGGGUGCACACCACUUGCUUUAGCUGCAUCAGAUGGAAUCACUGAAAUAGCGCAGUCCAUGAUUAGAAAGAACAGGACAUUGGCCAACAUUUUAGAUGGGGAUAAAAUCCUCCCAGUUGUGCUUGCUUGUAACCGAGGCAAAAGAGAAAUGACACGUUUUCUCUACUUUCACACUGGACAAGAGGAGCUAGCUCCACAAAAAAGGCCAAAAAGGUGCAACACUUCUUGGUUAUUGUAUUGCUUCCUAAUUCUUAGGUAGGGGAGAAUGAAUAUUCCAACCAUGAGGUAAGAAAUCUAUCUUUACCCUAAAUAAUUCUCAUUCCCUCUUUUGUUUGUGUCUAUACGCACACUCCAAUUCCAUAGAUAUUGCUUUGGAUAUCCUCGAGAAGUACCCAAGUUUGGCUGUGACUUUGGAUAUGGGAUGGUCUCAUCCCCCUCUAUGUAUUGGGUCAAACGCCUUCUUUGUUCAAGAGUGGAAGUCAGCUUUGGUUUUGGCAGCAUUGGAUAUACUUAUGCGUAACUGUAAACGUAGAUCGCGCCUCGGACUGGGUUCGAGUAAACGUCGUUGACGAUAACACACAUGCACGAGAUGUCAGGAAUAAUACUGAAACAGUGCUACAUCAAUUAAUGCAUGGGUUGGUUUCAUAUCCACUAAAACUUCUUGGAAUCAAGAGCAUACGUGCUCAAAAGU